GGCGGGGUUCUGGGGGAAGGGCCUAGGCCGGGCCUGCCUUGUUGGGCUCGCCGAGCGCCCGAGCUCGCGUCCCGCCGACGUCCCUGCCCCGGUUUCACCCGCUCCCCGUCCCAAACGGGCCGGGCACGGCGAAGACCCGCCGGAGCCAUGGAGGACGAGGUGGUCCGCAUUGCCAAGAAGAUGGACAAGAUGGUGCAGAAGAAGAACGCGGCUGGAGCAUUGGAUUUGCUGAAGGAGCUUAAGAAUAUUCCCAUGACCCUGGAAUUAUUACAGUCCACAAGAAUUGGAAUGUCAGUAAAUGCUAUUCGCAAGCAGAGUACAGAUGAAGAAGUUACAUCUUUAGCAAAGUCUCUCAUCAAGUCUUGGAAAAAGUUAUUAGAUGGACCAUCAACUGAUAAAGAUCCUGAGGAAAAGAAAAAAGAUACUACAAUUACAUCACAGAAUAGCCCUGAAGCAAGAGAAGAAAGUAGCUCCAGUGGCAAUGUAAGCAGCAGAAAGGAUGAGAGGAAUGCUCGAGAUACUUACGUGUCAUCAUUUCCUCGGGCACCAAGCACUUCCGACUCUGUACGGUUAAAGUGUAGGGAGAUGCUUGCUGCAGCUCUUCGGACAGGAGAUGACUACAUUGCUAUUGGAGCUGAUGAAGAAGAAUUAGGAUCUCAAAUUGAGGAAGCUAUAUAUCAAGAAAUAAGGAAUACAGACAUGAAAUACAAAAAUAGAGUACGAAGUAGAAUAUCAAAUCUUAAGGAUGCGAAGAAUCCAAAUUUAAGGAAAAAUGUGCUGUGUGGUAAUAUCUCUCCUGACUUAUUUGCUAGAAUGACGGCAGAGGAAAUGGCUAGUGAUGAGCUCAAAGAAAUGAGGAAAAACUUGACCAAAGAAGCCAUCAGAGAGCAUCAGAUGGCCAAGACGGGCGGAACCCAGACUGACUUAUUCACAUGUGGCAAAUGUAAAAAGAAGAAUUGUACUUACACACAGGUACAAACUCGUAGUGCUGAUGAACCAAUGACAACAUUUGUUGUCUGCAAUGAAUGUGGAAAUCGAUGGAAGUUCUGUUGAGUUGGAAGAAUUGGGAAAAUGUCUGGACCAUUGAGAAAAUGGAUUUUAUAACUGGCUUUAAAACUAGGCCAAGGAAGUAGUUUUUCUGCAAGUCAGAUUUUUAAAGAAAAUGCAUCCCUUGGGUUAGUCUUUGUUUUUGACACAGUAUCAUCCUUUCUUAAAUGCCUGUAGUUUCAGAUCAAUAAUUAUAUGGUAUCUAUUUCAUUUUUUUUCAUUUUUAUAAGUAAUUGAUAUUAAACUUUUAUCAAUUAAAUUUUUGGCAAUUUAUUUUUACCUUUUUUUCCUUCUUAAAGGAAAAUUACCUUAACUUUUUUACAGUCUGAAACAAACACAGUAGAAAUGUUAUUCUCCUCAGUUAAUACAUAAAUGAAAAUUACAUUUUUCCCCUUAUUGGCAUGUACCUGCAAAUAUUAAAGGAGGAAAGAGGUAAUAUAAUUAUAAGUUAAAUAAAUGUGGUGUAUACUUGACCAGCUUAUCUAAAUUGUACAUAAUAUUUGAACUAGCAUAUGAAAUUGUUUUUAAUUAUUAUAUUCACAAGUCUGGGAUAAUUAGGUAUUAUUUUGCAUUUGUAACUAACCAUGAUCAUUAUUUCUUAUUUCUUGUACAUGUUUAUUUUUCUUAAUGGAUUUUACUUUUGGAAAUACGACUUGGCUUUGUUGGAAUCAGUUCAGUUUUGUUUUAUGUACCUGUUUGAAUUUAUAGUAUUUUAGUUUUGCAGAACACUGCAAUGGCAAAGAAUGAAAGUGUCUAAUUAUUUUCCCCUCAUAGGAAGAUAUACUGGGAAGGAAAUGUUAGCGUUUUAGUAUAGUGUAGUUAUUAUAAAUAGCUCAUAAGUAGAUUUUGAUUUGGAAAUCUCUACUGGCCAAGGAUUAAGUAUAAAGAUUAUAUAAAUCUUUCCAUCUUGAGGUUGAUAGAAAGUAUUUUUGUUCUGAGUCUAAUUAAAGUUGACCUUUUCUGUUAAUUAAUGAGGUUGUUGAACAAACUGAAUAUAUGGGCUAUAAGGCAACUCGUUUUAUAGUACAGAUAUUAGAAUUAGGUUUUACUUUUUGUUUAAGUGUUUACCAUUUAUUCCGUUAGGAAUAAGAAAAAUUGAUUUUCACAUAAAUUCCUUAGUGUAUGCUUGCUCUAGCACAUCUUAAAGGCCACUGUUAACAAAGUCCACAACUUAUCAUGCUAAGUCUAUAUUCUAUCAGACACCUACAGGAAGACCUCAGUACAUACUUUCAUUCCCCUUUGCUCCCAUUUCUCAUUGGAAAUCAAUUUGAUAUAAUACAGAAGGCAACAUUUAAAGGUCCUUGUUAAGACCCCAUAUAUAAGAAUUGGCCCCUGGUUAUCAUUCCAUCUUUACUUUGUCAGUUCACAGAUUAACUUUUUGUUUUAGCAUUUGAAAAGUAAAAUGCAUUUUUGAAAAAAUUGAGUUUUAAGAAGAAUAAAAAUUAAAAUAGUUCCACUUUUAAAUUAAGUGAUGCAUUUUAAAAUUUGUAAUUCAAUAAAGUUUCUUGUUAUUAAAUUGUA